AUGUCGACACCGUUCAAUGAAUACACCAGAGACACAGGCAGCAGCAGUCUUGAGAACUUGGAUGUUGAGAUUCAUGCUGUUGAUAUCCUCCAUUUUGCCCGUCUUGGUUUUGCGGCAUCCAUCAAACUACUCUCAGAGCAGCAUGGGUUUACCGAAGGGGUCAUUCAGAAGGUAUACAGACAACUAGAAAACUAUGCGGAGGCCAUGGACAUCAUUGAGAUGAUGCGAGAUGAUGCAGAGGAGCGGGCAGUAACUGAGAUUUUGAAAAGACACGAGGAUGACAGUGAUGAAGACUUAGAGGGGGAUGAGGGUGUCAACGGCCCUGAGGAGAGUAAGGAUGCAAAACAAGAUCAGGAUCAGGACAAAGUCAAAGAAGAGGAGGAGUAA